GUUUACAAAAUUCAAAGAGUUAAGUUAUGAUUUGAAUUAUUGGCAAGUGUGAAAUUCCAAAUGCCGAUUUGGAAUAAAAUAUGGAUUAUUUGUCUAUUAAGAAUAUCGGCGAAGCCUAUUCUUCGAUUCAAGAAGAAGAAUUUCUUCACUUUAUCUUCAGGGAUGGACAGCAUUAGUUUGCUCCUACUUUUGAUAACAUGUCUAAGUCUACACACAUGCUUAUCUGCAAAUGCAAAACCUCGUCUAGGAGGCGGCAAAGAAAAUUUCAGGGCCAAAGAAAAGCAAGUUCUGGACCAAAUUUUAGGCCCAGGCCAUUACGAUGCCAGAAUAAGGCCUUCUGGAGUCAAUGGAACUGUUGGUUUUGAGGUUAAGCGUGAUGAUUUAUCGGUGUUAAUAUCGGCGAAGCCUAUUCUUCGAUUCAAGAAGAAGAAUUUCUUCACUUUAUCUUCAGGGAUGGACAGCAUUAGUUUGCUCCUACUUUUGAUAACAUGUCUAAGUCUACACACAUGCUUAUCUGCAAAUGCAAAACCUCGUCUAGGAGGCGGCAAAGAAAAUUUCAGGGCCAAAGAAAAGCAAGUUCUGGACCAAAUUUUAGGCCCUGGCCAUUACGAUGCCAGGAUAAGGCCUUCUGGAGUCAAUGGAACUGCUAUGAAGUUGGCAAUUUGUGGUUUUAAUGUUGGUAGUUUGUGGUUUUGA